AUGCCCAGGAAGAGUAAGAAGUCACAGGCUGCAAGCCAGCGCUGGCAGAGGUUUCAUGAUAUUGACUGUGUGAGUACUGGACAAGCAGAUGGUGUUCCUCAGAGCAGUGGAGAGGUAAAGAGGUCUGAAGUGUCUGAUGCUGUGAAACAGGGAGGUGAAAAUGCAUCAUGUCAACCACAGGUAUCUUAUGCAGACGUGCUAAAGAGGAGACGUGUAAGUGAGUCACCUGCAGCAGGUCCGUCUAACUCUCAUCAGGUGAACUACAUAGCCCAAACUGAAAAGCCAUGCUCAACCCAGGUAUCACAUGCAGACACUGUUAAGAAGGGAAACCACAGUAAUUAUCAGUCUGUAUCAGGCUCUUCUCGGGUAAGAAAUGUUAACUCUGUUAAUCAGUCAGGUGAACAAAACGUCUGUGCGUCACGCAGCCAAGCGUCUCUGAAAUACGGCCAAUCCAGAAACCAGCAGUGCACCUGUAACUCACUGACAUUUCUAGCAUUCCUGUAUGAGAAAGAACACAUCACCAGAGCAGACCUGGACCGUGUUUUGGAUAAAGGUGAUGUGAUGUACAGAGAAAUCAGAAAAACUGUUGAUCACGCCCAUCUGACAACCGAUGAGCUCCCUAACCAGGUUCCUGCACGCAGACACAUGCAGACUGUUGACAUGUUACAGCUGUCUAGAUACGGUACGUUUGGAGAUCCGGAUCCUGGAGCUGUUGAUACCUUUCUAGACCUCGAGAUGGGACUGAGCUGCUUAUUAACAGAUGUGCAGUAUGCUUUGCUGCUAAUGACUUCACUGUGCAUUGCAGUUUUCAGAACCAGAGAUGGCAGGUACGGUUUCUUUGACCCACAUGCUAGGACAGCUAACGGUUUGCCUCUGCUUAAGGCCACACCUACUCCUGGAACCGCUGUCAUGGUAACAUUCACACGCCUCAGUGACAUGAUUGCCAGGCUCAACAGGUAUCACCACAUAUUGGGCACAGCAGCGUCCUGUCACUAUGAGCUCAAGCCAGUUGUGUUCUGUGAUGUGAACCCAAGUGAUGCUAUCCCAACCACAGGAAGUCCGUCCACAAGUCCCUCUGUCACAACCACUGUGAUAAAUGAUGACACAAGUGCCCCACAGAUGAACACUGAUGUCCAUGAAAACACUGAGCAUGACAUGGAAACCGAACCAGAACUACUGAUCAACUUCAGUCAAUGUUCUGUCCCAUUAACUGGUCCUGAAUCUCUCGUUUUGGAGAUGAACACUACUGUAAGUGAUGACACAUCACAGAAAGUCUCAACUUUGAUGGAAACACAAGCUCAUCAACCAGGUGAAAUCAACAAUAAUCCUGUCACAUUAGAAGAAUCUCAGGAGACACAAUCAAAUUUGACUGAACUAUUAAUAAAUAUCCAUGUCACCAGUGACAAUGUCCUCCAUGACAUCUCCACUAAACUGUCGAAAUUAAGCAAACAGCAAAAAAAGAAAUUUAAGAGAAGAUUAAUGAGAUCUAGAAAGACAUCACAAAAGAAAGAGGAUAAAAACAGGAAAGAGAGAGAGAAGUAUACCAAGGACGAGACAUAUAAGACAAAGAAAAAGUCUUAUUCAAGGAACAAAUAUUCUGACAAUCAUGAAAUACAGACAAAGAAAAGACAAAAAAUCACAACUAAAUACUGGGAAAGCACAGACUUCAGACUAAAGCAAAAAUUAUAUAUAAAAAGAACAUACAGAGAAAAUGUUGAAUUUAAAGGCAGACAAAAAGAAUAUAUCACAAGAAGAUACAGAGAAAAUGCUGAUUUUAAAGGCAGACAAAAAGAAUAUUUCAGGAAAAAAUAUGGAGAAAAUGUUGAUUUCAAAGGCAGACGAAAAGAAUAUUUCAGAAAAAAAUACUCAGAGGAUGUUAAUUUCAGGCAAAGACAGCGGUCAUAUAUCAAUCAUCGAUAUGCAAAUGAUGAAAUAUUCUGUCGCCGACACAGACAGCUGAUGAGACAAAUGAUGCGAGACAGGUACAAGACAGAUCUUGCAUACAGAACUAUGCAUAAAAUGAGGUGUGCAUUGAAAAUAUCAAAGAAAUACAAACGGAUAAGUAGACAAACAUGUGAGACUGACAGAGAGAGUGAAAACCCACUUAUUGAAAGUGCCAUCAAUGAUUUCCGAUCACACAUUAAAGCUGGUCCCACCCAUGUUUGCACAGUUUGCCACAAAGCCUCAUUUCCAAACCAGGUGCAAAAGUGCAAGAGGUCCAACUAUGUGAAAAAUCCAAUCAUGGUUUCAGCUUGUCUCAAAGGUCAGUACGUCCAUGAGUGUAAUGAUAACUGCAGAAAUCACUGCACUGUCCCUGAUGAGAGAAAGACUGAGUGGAUUUGUCACACCUGCCAUGACCAUCUGAAAAAUGGAGCCAUGCCCAAACUUGCCAUAGCAAACAACUUGGAGCUUGCUGACAUACCACCUGAACUGUGUGACCUCAACAUACUGGAGAGACAUCUGAUAGCAAAGUGCAUAACAUUUGCCAAAAUCAUUCCUCUUCCCAAAGGCAGACAGCGAGCUAUACAUGGUAAUGUUGUAUGUGUUCCCUCUGAAGUCCAGGAAACAAUUCAAGCUCUACCCAGAUUGAGAAAUGAGUCUCAAGUGAUGAGAGUAAAACUAAAGAGACGCUUGAGUUACAGAGGUCACCAUCUGUUUCAGACUGUUACCUGGUCCAAGCUAGUACAGGCCCUGCAUACACUGAAAGAGAUACACCCCCAAUAUGAAGACAUCACUAUUAGAGAUGAGGAGGAGUUAUGUGACCCCACACUUCCUGAUGAUGGUGAUGAGGAUGAGGAUGAGGAUGAUGAUGAUAACACAAUGAAUGAUGAUGACUAUGAUGAUGAGGAUUUGAUGGAGAUUGAUAGAAUUGAGGCUGCUGCCAUGUAUGAGGCUGAAACUAAUGCUGAAACUGAGGACGACAACACAGAGCUGUGUGAUAAAAGUCAGACCCAGGACAAUGAUGAUCAGACACAACAACAGGAUUCAGACGUGCAUAAUGGUGGUGUUGUUUUGGAGUCGUGCCUUCAGCCACGUGAUGUUUCUGAGGAGAUAUUGUGUUUCAGUGACUCUACAUACUCAGUAGCUCCAGCAGAGAGAAACAAUCCAGUCAGUUUUUUCAAAACACCCAAACUAGAGGCCAUGGCGUUUCCUGUUCAGUUUCCCACUGGUGAGAAUACACUGGAUGAAAACAGACCAAUGAAACUAUCACCCAGUAGUUAUUUUAAAGCAAGGCUCUUUGGUGUUGAUGAUCGCUUUGCCAAAGAUACCAACUACCUGUUCUUUGCACAGUUUGUGACUGAAAUACACUUGGCUACCUCCAGCAUGUCCAUACAAUUACGCAAAGGCAAACCUUUGACCAGAGACGGACGUAAAAUAACAUCCAGAAUGUUGAGAGACAAAUAUGAAGUGGAGAGACUGGUGAGAAACAGAGAUGCUAUCAGAUUUAUGCAGCCGCUCAGAGGAACACCAGCCUACUGGGACAAAACUACAAAAGAUCUGUUUGCUAUGAUCAGACAGUUGGGCAGUCCUACUUUCUUUGUCACAUUUUCUGCAGCAGAAAUGCGUUGGCCUGAGGUGAUUAUUGCAAUAAAAUCACAACAAGGUGAGGAGGUGAAUUUUGAAGAGCUCGACUGGUCCACAAAGUGUGACAUUCUGAGAAGCAAUCCUGUGACAACGAUGCGCAUGUUUGAUAAGCGUGUUGAAGCACUGUACAGAGAUCUGAUCAUGUCUCCUGCACAACCCCUGGGCAAAGUUUUUGACUUCUUUUGGCGUCUCGAGUUUCAGCACAGAGGAAGUCCUCAUAUACAUGGUCUUUUGUGGGUAGACGGUGCACCUGUGUUUGAGAGAGACUCUGACAAAACUGUGUGUGACUUUGUGUCCAAACACAUCUCUGCUCAGCUCCCUGACCCAAAUAAACAGCCUGAACUGUACAAAAAGGUCAAAGAAGUGCAAAUACACAGUAAGAACCACUCAAAGACAUGUUUCAAAAGUGCAAGUUCUGGAUGCCGAUUUGGAUUCCCAAAACCACCCUCCAGACAGACAAUGAUAACAAGACCUGUGGGUGAUGAUGAGGAGUCAGAGAGACUUAAGAGAGCCAAAGAGAAACUUGCACCACUGAAUCAGCUGCUGAAUGAGACACAAACUGAAUCCAUGAGUUUUCAACAGCUCCUGUCCGUCUGUGACUUAACCGCUGAUGAGUACGAGAAACACAUGAAUGUGAUGAGUCAGUCCAGCAACAUCAUUCUGAAGCGUGAGCCAAAAGACUGCUGGGUAAACACCUACAACCCUCACCUGCUCAAAGCUUGGGAUGCAAACAUUGAUGUGCAGUUCAUUCUCAGCUACUACAGUCUGAUCCAUUACAUAUGUACGUACAUGUGUAAAAGUGAGAACUCUGUGAGCCAGUACCUGCAAACACUCAUUCAGAACUCCGACAGAGAAUGUGUCAAUGAAUGUGAUGAAAUGAAAGCGGUCAUGCAGGCGUAUUCCAAAAAGCGAGAAGUAUCAGCACAAGAAGCUGUUGCCCGAGUGACUUCACUGAACAUGAAAAAGAGUUCACGCAGUGUGGUUUUUGUCCCAACUGAUGACAACCCUGUGAAAAUGAGUCUGCCUGUGUCAAGCCUUGACAACACAACACCAGACAGCUUGAAUGUGUGGAUGACAUCCUUAACAGACAAGUACAAAUCCAGACCUGAAUCACCAGAGUUUGAAGAGAUGUGCAUGGCUGAUUUUGCUUCUACCUGCAGACUGGUGUAUGGACAACAGACCAAGGGCAAGAAAGUGGUACCUUUGCUGAAUGAACUAGGCUUUAUACAGAGACGAGAAAGUGACAACGCUGCUGUCAUCAGGUAUCGCCGCAUAUCCAAAGAGAAAUACCCUGAGCAGUUUUACGGCACAUUGCUUAGACUGUAUCUUCCAUACAGAUCAGACGAUGAGCUGAAAAGACCAUAUUUUCCCACGUAUGAGUCAUUCUAUGAGAGAGGUGUGGUUCAGCUGCCGUAUUCUGACCGACCCCUGAGUGUGAAACUCAUCGUGAAAAGAAACCGAGAGAGAUAUGAAAAAAACAGUGAGGAAAUUGACUCUGCUCUCGAGGACUUUGAACAGAACAGAGGUGUGGUCGAUGAAUGGUGUAAUUUGGCACCUGAAUCUGAACUGGUGAGGUUGGAGUGUAUCGAUGAACUGGAUGCCAGACAGUGUGAAAAUGUCCAAGAGGAUGUACCGGAUUACAGCAGACAAUCAAAUGCUGCUACAGAAGCCAGAGUCAUGAGAGAGCCCCCUACAAUCGAUCCCACACGGUUACGACAAAUGUAUCAGAGUCUGAACCAGAAACAGGCAUGUGUGUUCUAUGCAGUGAGAGACUGGUGCAUAAAACGAGUCUGUGGACGACAACCAGAGCAGUUUUUCUACUACAUCAAUGGUGGUGCUGGCACUGGAAAGUCACAUCUCAUUAAAUGCAUUCAUUCAGAAGCAUCAAAGAUUCUGAGAACACUACCUAGACGUGCUGAGGAAGCUGACAUCUCAAACCCGACUGUGCUGUUGACUGCUUUCACUGGAACUGCAGCCUUUAACAUCUCUGGAACAACACUGCACUCUCUCCUCAAGCUGCCCAGAAGUUUGAAACCUCCUUUUCAAGGUCUUGGGAACCAACUUGAUGAAAUCAGGUGUGAGCUUUUAAACGCUGAAAUCAUCAUCAUUGAUGAAAUCUCCAUGGUGUCAAAGCCACUGUUUGCCUAUGUGGAUGUGAGACUGAAACAGAUUAAAGGCAGCCACAGACCCUUUGGAGGAAUGUCAGUCAUUGCUGUGGGAGACUUUUACCAGCUACCGCCUGUGCGACAGUCCAAACCACUCUGUGUCUAUGAUCCAAGUGAGCUUGACCUCUGGAGAGACAACUUCCAGGUGAUCACUUUAGAUGAGAUCAUGCGACAGAAGGAUGACAAAACUUUUGCCGAGAUGCUGAACAGACUCCGUGUGAAAACAAGGUCAGAUGAGCUUUCUGAAGCUGACAGAACUCUGCUGUCACAGCGUGUCACUGAACCACAACUGUGUCCCUCUGAUGUGCUGCACAUUUUUGCUACCAACAAACAAGUCGCAGAACACAACUCUGCUACACUAUCUCUGCUCCAUUCUGAUAUCACCACCAUUGAUGCAGAUGACUUUAAAAAGGACCCACACACUGGACACAUGAAAAGACAAGGUGCACCAUGUCAUGGAAGCAGAAAUGAUCUACCUGACACACUAGAUGUUGCAGUAGGUGCUAGAGUCAUGCUUACCAGAAACAUUGAUGUGUCUCAAGGAUUGGUGAACGGAUCAUUUGCUACAGUAGGACGUCUCAUAAGCUCUGAAAACAAUGGUUCUGCUCUUGUCACUAUGCUUGGUCUCAGGAUGGAUGAUGAAACAGCUGGCAGGAGCUAUCGUACUAGAGGAGACAAUCUUGUGUACAUCGAGAGAUCUGAGGAGGCUCUGCAACAGAAAGGAGUGGUACGCAGACAGUUUCCUGUGAAACUUGCCUUUGCAUGCACGAUACACAAGGUUCAAGGUAUGACCAGAAAAUCAACUGUUGUCUCUCUGAAGCACAUUUUUGAGCCCGGCAUGGCCUACGUAGCUAUCAGUCGAGUGACCUCUCUCAGCGGCCUGUACAUGCUUGAUUUGGAUGAGAGUAAAAUCCAUGCUAACCCUGCAGUCACUGUAUCUUUGGAGACCAUGACGCAAGCUAACUUUGAUCACCUCAUGCCUUUUCUCCAGAUCCAGCAUUCUCUCAGCAGACAGGACACUGUGAGCAUCAUUCAUCACAACACCGAAGGAUUACCUGUUCAUGUGAAUGACAUCAAAAGCCAUCAUGAACUGUGUCUUGCAGAUGUUUUGUGUCUGACAGAAACUCACCUACAGGGCUCCUUUGUGGCAGACAGUCUCCAGUUUGAGGGCUACACCAUGUUCAAACGCAACAGACAUUUGUCCUACACUAACUUUCCACAGAUGGCCAGUAAAGGAGGUGGUGGAGUCGCUGUUUAUGUGAAAAACCAUUUGCAGGUUGUGGAGAAACAGUACCUGAAUAAUGUGACUGACCUCGAGUUUGUGGCUUUGAAGGUUGAAUCUCCUGUAAGUGCUCUGAUUGCAGCUGUGUACAGACCUCCAGACUACAGUGUGCCAUCAUUCCUGUCCAAUCUGGGAAGCCUUCUGGACUCACUUGAGAUCAUGGACUGUCAUCCCAUCAUCGUCUGUGGCGACUUCAAUGAGAAUCUCUUUUCUAAUGCAAGUAAGCCAAUUUUGGAUUUCUUUCAGUCCAAGGGAUAUGGUCAACUGAUCACUGCUGCUACAACGGACAAGAACACACUGCUGGACCUGAUCUUCAUCUCACGACCUCAGCUAUGUCUCUCCUCAGGUAUCAUGCAGACGUACUACAGUUACCACAACGCCACUUACUGUGUCAUUUCAUCCAACAGGUCAUAGAGGAAAGUACUAUUAAGGAAAAGACAAACUACAGAAGCUGUGGCUAAUGUUAUGCUCAUAUUUUCAGUACAGAUUGAAAUGUGCUUGGUCAUUGUAAAUUUUACUAGUGCAAAAAAUAUUUUUAUGGCUCAGAAUUUUUAGAAAGAAAAUAUUUUUCAGGUUGUAAAAUUUUCCAACUAUUCAAAUGUUAUAAAUGACAAUUUUUGGCCUGUGCAUUUAUCAAGUCCAGUCAAGUCAAGUUAAUCCAUUUAACUUGACUUGACUGGACAUAGGGAGGGUGGGUGCGGAUUGAUAAAUGCACAGGCCAAGACUCUCAGCUGCUGUGUACAAUACUGUAUACAGCAGCUAAAAUUAAAAACCUCCAUCAGAAAGUGUGUGUUCCCUAAUGAACACACACUUUCUGAUGUUCUGUUACCUACCAGCUGAAACCCCCCUUUUCUCCACCCAACUUUACACCACUCUCUUAGCAUGGGUGGCUGUAAGUACACUAGAGCAAACCUAAGUUUCCUUUUCUUUGGGUAUGUUUUUAGUUUUAAUUUUUUAUUAUUAUUAUUAUUUUUUUUUUUCAGUUGUCCCCGCCAUCUUUAACCUGACCCCCAUUAGUACUAUCCUGACUAGCUCACUGUAAACUGAAAAAAAUUAUCAAACUGUCAACCAAAAGUAAACGCAUCACCUGUGGAUGCAGUAGAGUAAAGCUAAGUUUCCUUUUGUUUGGGUAUUUUUUUUUUUCUUCUUCAGUUGUCUCUGCCAUCUUUGUCCUGACCAUUAGUGCUGUCCUAACUAGCUCACUUAUGAGCAGAAAAAAAUUAUCAAACCGUCAACCAGAAGUAAAAACAUCACUUUGGACCACUCAAAGACACAGUCUACCUGCUGUUUAACCCAGUCUUUGGUCAGAGGUGAAGAAGAGAUGACAUCCUCCACACCAUCCCCCUGCUGCUCUCAACAACCAUCAUCACUGUGCUGGACAGACUGCAGCACCCACCGGGACCCUUCUCUCAUGGACUACACAAACAUGUGUUUUACCUGCUUGUGCUCCAGAUGUCCUGAAGCAGCUCUCAAGGACCACCAGACACCAGACUGAAGCAGAACUGAUGCUGUAGUACCUGUCACUCACUUGGCUCGUUCCUGCUGAACCUCCAAGAGAUAAACCCCUCUUCAAGAAAGUCUGAGGUAAUGUCUUAGUGAACUUGUGUUCAUUUAUUUUUUCUUAGUAAUCUUAGCUGCUGUAUUAAUGCUUGUGAUGCUAUUGUACAGCUCUGCUGAUACCAUCGUCUUUAACAGCAGUGUUUUCUCCCAGGUCUUCUUCAAGCCAGUUAAGAGAGGAAGAACAGCUUAGACACUCAGACAGCUGAACACACCAAAGGUGGACAUCAUGCAGCCACCCUGAGCCUUGAGCCUCUCUGUGUGACGAAGCUUUGCUGCUGCAGACCUGGUGAAGUUGCUCUGGACAGAAAUAUUUUUUGCUCUGCUGCAGUGCUGAAGGUAUUCAUUGUAAUGAUGUGUGUAUUUAUUCAAUAUGUUUAGUUUCACAGAUUAUCAACACAAAUGUUUCUGUUUAUUUCCAGUUUUGAACCAGCUACAUUCUCCCACUUCAAGUCACUGUCUGUUCAUCCACGGUGUAGCUAGUGCAGCUCAGCAGAGUCCUACUAAUGGUGAUCCUUCAAGUCCUGCAGUCCUGUGAAGCAAGCUGCAGCAGAUGUCAUCACAUUCAGAUCAUCAGUUUAUCUCUACUGCAGCUUUAAAGUUUCCCUGAGGUAACGGUGUAUUUCCUUGCCCCAUAACAAUAACCAUGUUUGACCAACAUAGAAAAGCACAGAAUUACUGUUAGCACAGGAUUACAUAGUUAAAGUGAAGGGGAUUUUGUUUGUUUUUUUCAGACCUCUCCUCCUCCUGCCUCUAACUCCAAUGAUGCUGUCAACUCGAACACUGAUAACUGCACACAGCGAUUCUACAACCACAGGUCAAAGGUCAAAUCAUUACCUCACUCUAAACCUUCACUCUGAACUGUACCGGGCUCUGCUUUUGGUUUUGAAAAAAGUGCCCAGACAGAACACAGUACUCACAUGAGGAACUGACUGAUUGUCUUUAGGACAGGACAACUAUUACUCUUGUAUUCUUUUGAAUCCUGUUUUCUACAUUAAGUGAUCGGUUGUCAAUAUCUGUUAAUAUUUUAAGUUUCCUUUAUGUUUCUUGGACUUUAUGUUCUAUUUUAUUUUAGUGUUUUCUUCCCCUUUUACUGUGUAUCUGUCCUUAUAUCAAAAGAUGACCAACACUGAUGAAGGGAAAAAAUACCAGUUACUUCAGUUGUUGCAGGCAGCUGAAUUUCUCGUUUUAAUAUGCUCACAAUAUCCCUCAAAUUUACCUACAAGAGAAGACGUGUUUUAGAAAUAAAUGAUGUACUUUGGGUUUCAGCUGGUAGGUACACUGAAAUUUUUCACGUGUGCUUAGUCUUGGGCUAAUAUUUUGGACAGCAGUGAUCCCAGCACUACAGUGUGAAACAAUCCCUGCUGAAGGUUGUCGUCACAAUCCUCAAACACAGGGCUUGGUUAAACAAGCUGUGUGAAGGGAUUUCAUAGAGGAACAAAGUUUUAUGCUUAUCCUUAAAAUGUAAUUCUCCAUAGUAGAAAACUUUUUAAAAAGAAACUAUCAACAUGAAGACAACCCAGCAUUUCAGUAAGACAAGUAGUGUGAAUGUUUGGAUAAGAAAACACUGGGAUGUAAAAUGCUGACCAGAUUGUCAGUCCACUACAAUGAGCUGGUGACAGUAUUAGCCUUGGUCUAACUACUGUGAAAAGCCUUUUGGGUGGUAAGGUGGACCAAUACAUGCUAUAAAAAAUACUUCAGUGCCAUAUUUAAUUCAUACGCCUUUCACCUUACUUUGCCUGUAUAUUUCCACAAGCCUGGAUAACUUUGCACCUUUUGCAUUUGCAUUCUCUACCUUACCCUCCACAUUAUUUUAAAUUUUAAAUUUAGAUUUAAUUAAAAAAAUUAUUUUAAUUUCUGUAAUAGACUUCUGUACUACACUGUACAGUAAACUGCUGAGUUAUUUUUGCUGACCAGAUUGUCAGUCCACUACAAUGAGCUGAUGACAGUACUAGCCUUGGUCUACUGUGAAAAGCCUUUUGGUGGUAAGGUGGACCAAUACAUUACAUCAAUUUAUUUCAAGUUAUCAAAUCUACUUUUUAAUCUGAUCAUUUUAGAUUUUGUUUAAUGUUUCAGUUUCAUAUCAUUUAAUUUUAUUAUUAUAAUCAUUUAUUAUUCUAUAAUUUUCUUUUUUUUCUACAUGAGAGGGCCCACAUUUCACUGCAGUUAGCUUUAAAAAAUACUACAAUGCCGUAUUUAAUUCAUAUGCCUUUCACCUUACUUUGCCUGUAUAUUUCCACAAGCCUGGAUAACUUUGCAAUACUUUGUAAUACUGCUGACCGAUUUUAGUAACAAUUUUAACGAUUUUAGUCACCAUUUUCAUAUCUUUUUUUAAUGUAUAGGUAUAAAGGUUUUUCAGAUGUGCGAACUUAGUCUUAGGCUAAUCUAAACCCUUAAAAACACACAUAACAGUCCUGUAUCAGACUUUGAAAUCAAAUUUCAAGGUCUGUUUUUAAAGCCCACAACACAGGACUUGGCUCAAUGGGCCAUGACAAAUUUUAUGAGCCAACUUUUGUUAAGGCUUAGUAAUCCGAAAACACAAGAAAAGAGGUGAAUGUGGGUACAGGGCUGCUGGAGUUUGAAUCCAGUAAAUAAUGGGGUGUUAGCCUCAGUCUAACAACUGUGUGAAGAGCCUAUAAUGAUUGGGCUAAACAAUUUUAGAAACAACUGAAAAUGUGAUACCUUUGUCCAUCAACAAUCACAGCAACUACAAUCUUAAAACCUUAAGCUUAAGAGACAGAUUGGUCACCCAUGUAAAGAUUUCUGCUUCCAAAACCUGUUCACAAACAAAUUGUUUAUAAUUUGAUUUAAGGCACUAUGGAGCACUAUUUCUUUAUGUGUUUAUGUUUUGAUGUUUUUUUUUUAAAUUAUUUUUUUAUAUUUUAUGAUUAAUCAUUUCAUUGCUCACAAAAUGUUAAAGAAUUGACAAAAAUAUUUUUCUUUUUUUCUUUAUUUUGGUUUUACUUAUGUAAAAACUCAAUUUGAAUUUUCAAGUUGAUUCAAAUUUUAAAUUAAAAAUAUUUGUGUAAUAUAUUCAUUUCUCAUCUACAAUCAUUUCUACUUCUUCCAACAUGAAGGCCUUUUCAGCCAUCUUUAAAAUUCUUUACCAUAUUUUCUGUAAUGUUCAAGUUCAGUUCUUUAGCAAUUUGAAUAUUCAUACAGCUACUGGUUUACCUCUCCCAGUGUUUUUACAUCCAUACAACUCAUCUCUUUUUCAUCAUCUUCUUCUUCAGUUCUGUUACGGUUGAAACAUUCAUUCGCUUAUAACACUUCACCCCUUUAACAGUUUUUUCAUUUAUACCUUCUCCAUUUAUUACUGGCAGUUUAGCAUUGCUUUUUCAGCUUUCAGCACUCAGCAUUUCCACGCAUUUUCUGCAAGGAAAUGCAAUUUUUCUAGUUAUUAUUAUUAUUAUUAUUAUUCUUCCGUCCCUUUUUUGCAACGCUUCUCCUCCUUCAAACUUUGUCCGAUUUCAACCGUUCAAACUUUAAACUAUUCCACUCCUUCAGGACAUUAUGGGGUCUAUUUUUUACUUUUCUACCCCUUAUACUUUUUGAUAUUUUUGACUUUUUGUGCAAAAUUUUUCCCAUUGAAAUGAAUGGGGAAAUCUUCAAAUUCUACCUUUUACUCCUCCACCUUCUCAGCCUUAUAACUUCAGCAUACUUUCACCUACAGACCUCAUUUUUGCUUUAAAAUGUUCACAAUCCUCUCCUCUAAAUAUGCUGUAUUGACUUUUUUGUGCUAUCUCCUUCAGUUUUUCCACAAUUUAGCUUUAUGCACCUUGUGGUUUUCAGCAAAUUUUCAGGCUUAUAAUGGGUGUGUAUUGGAGAGUUUAGAGUGAUGAUGUCAUCACUAGAGUGGACAGCUCCUCUCUGAUCGACAGAACCUCGCUGGAAUAUAUCGCUCCCACGCCCACAAAUCUCACUCCACAGCCAUAAAAAAUACAUCAAAAUGGAGGUAUAUGUGUCCUGCUUCUCACAAAAGAGGUUUCAAAUCAUUAAAUCGUACCCCUUGGCCAGCAGGUGACCAACUGUCCAAAAAAGGCGGAAAUCUCUCCCAUUGACCGUAAUGUUAUUUUUCUCCAAGAAAAUCCGGAUCAUCGCUCAGGCUCAGACUUUUUUAACUCGCUGUUGUGGCCUCAUUUUUCGAAGUACAGACAUGAAAAAGACAUCAUUGUGUUCAUGAAGGGCGGAGGAUUCGUACGAUGUUCUUAUUUUCAUUCUGUGACUUAAGGAAAUCACGCUAUGUGAAGAAGUUUAGAGCCUCUAAAUCCUCUGCAGUUCAGCUGCUUCUCAUUCAAACAGUAGGUCAGUGAUUUGCCUUUGAUCUCACAGCUGUUUAGGAUGCAGUCAUUAACGAGAGACACACACACACACACACACACACACACAUUCUUGUACUUGUUGCUUUAUGAGGUCUACCUUGCAGUUCAGCUGCUUGUACACACAGUUAAUAUGUGUCUGCUUCGCCACCUGUCUCCACCCACAAACUUUGAGCUACAGAAACCAUUCUGGGCUUCUAAAAUUCAGCUCAUUGAAGAUAUUAUGGGGUGUUUUGAGGAUUGUGAUAAUAAAUUGUAUUAAUGUGUUUAGCAGAGUCUUGUGUUCUCACAAGCUCCUUUUCAGGAAUAGAUACAGAGGAUGAGCGUCAGGGCCUACUUGGAGUCCUGUUUCCUUAGCUUCAAGCCUUCUUUCUCCUGCUAUAGUUAUGCAUCCAAGGUCCCCAUGGCAACCAAUUAGUGCACCUGGAGACACACAGCUGACUGGAAAGCUGCUUCUAAUGGCCAUAUGAGACACAUGAAGCCAGGCUCAGCACACAUAGCACUGGGGAUGACACUUAAAACCCUUUACUAGAGCGCUUGAAAAAACUUCAGCCCCUAUCUCCUCACAUGACCUUUGACCUACAGAAACCAUUCAGGGCUUUAAAAUUUGAGCUCAUUGAGGACAUUAUGGGGUGUAUUUAGGAUUUAUAUACAUUUAGAUUUUUCACAUUUUAAAGUCACUCAGUGAUGAUUUAUCAUUUAAUUUUUCAAACUAAUUUGAACUGAUUCAAACUGUUUCAAACCUUUCUAAUACUUAAAAAAUUAAACUUAUGCCACUUCCCACCUUCCUGCCUUUUAAGGCAAUUUCCUUCUUCAUUCAAACUUUGUGCAAUUUUAGACAUUUUUCUAGCCUCUUUCAGCAUAAAUAAAAUUUCUUUUUAUAGAGCAUAUUCAUACUAUUUGUCCUUCAACCAAUUAAUCAAUUAUCCAACUUACAUUUCUUUCACACCCCUUCAACAGCUUUAACAUUUAUACAUUUCUCCAUGUUUUAUUAGCAGUUUAGCAUUGCUUUUUCAGCUUUCAGCACUCAGCAUUUCCACGCAUUUUCUGCAAGGAAAUGCAAUUUUUCUAGUUUAUAUUUUUCACUUCAAUGUAUAUUUCGAUCUUAGAGUACUUUUUUUUCCGAUUGAAUUUGAUUUAUUUAUUUCAGAUUCAGAUCUUAUUUUUACGGAUUCAAAACGUUUUUUUUUUUUGGUUUCAGAUUUUUUUUUUCAGAUUCAGAUCUUUUUUCGGAUUCAACUUGAAAAGUUUCAGGUUCACUUUUGACCCUGUUUUUCCGUGGGGGCGGGCCUCGACUGAGAGGGGCGCGGUCUGCCAUGAGUGACAGGCCUCCCCCUCCUUCCCCACCCCGUCACCCUGCGUUCAGGAAGUGGCAUGAAUACACAUUAGCUUAGCCUACAAUUAGGCUGUAUUGGCUGAAUGAGAUCGUGUUGGUUCGUUCCACUUUAGUGGUGCAAUAUAAACUGUGAUUCAUUAAAAAGCUCUAUUGAUAGUAAGUACUAAAAAAAUAUCUACUCAUGUCAUCCAGUCGAUUCUUAGUAAUCAGUGUUUCGGUGUCGAACUAUUUCCUUUCUGCGGUGUAUAGGCUGUAUUGGGACAGAGGAAAAAGUGCUUAGAAAGUGAGUCUCGUUCCACUUCAGUGGGGCAACAUAAACUGUGAUUCAUAAAAAAGCUCUAUUGAUAGUAAGUACUAAAAAAAUAUCUACUCAUGCCAUCCUGUCGAUUUUAAGUAAUCAGUGUUUCGGUGUCGAACUAUUUCCCUUCUGCGGCGUAGUGAUAUUUGCACACGCGCAAUCGAAUAUGCAGAGGGGUGAAGCGAUUUUUGUCACGUGGACCAAUAGGAGCCGAGUCUCGUUGCCACAAGCUGCGUCCGAAUUGCCAAGUAGUAGUCGAAGUGGUAGUCGAAGUAGUAUCUAGCGUGUCCGAAUUGGCCACCGGAGCGAGUAGCAUGCUACUUCAGAUACUACUUCAGAUACUAGACACGCCCACAUUGUAGGUUGGUCUCGGUGCAUCCUACGGGCAUGCUACUGACCCAAAAUGCACCGCGGGCUUCUUCUUCGUCCUCUUAAAAGUUGUAGAAGCGCAUGUGAUGCUAGCGCCACCAGCUGCUGCCUAUUUAGAUGCGUCGCGAACGCCGGCUGGCCACAACAGCGCGCACCAUGUCGCGGAGCAGCAGCAGUACAGAUGUAAGUUUCAUGUAACUUCACACACUGUCCUAAAAAAUGUGCGGUUGUAUCUCUUUGUCAUGUCAUGGUGUCAUAUUUGCCCAAGUAAUCAUUUUAUGAGCAAAUAUGUGGCGACAUCAUGGAGGUAAAGCUCACUUAUUCCAUCAUUAAACUGCACAGCUGCAGUACUACAGCCAGGCCCGCAGAUGAGGGGCUUCAGUUACCGCUGUCUGCACGGGCGCAGUACCUACUCUCUGCCUGCGGGGGUCGUCUUUCCCCACCGCUCGUCUAGUGUGUCCGAAUUGGGCCAACGUGUUUAGUAUGUAGGAGUAGGAUCUAGCAGUAGCACGUAGCAGUAGCAUGUAGUAUCCGAGCGGGCAGUUCGGACGCAGCAAUAGUGUCAGAAAUACACAAACAUGGCGAUGACCGCAUCUCGCAGCGAGACAAGCGAAGAGGAAGAAAAGACAAGGAACAAAAGAAAACAGCCUUCAAAAGUGCAUAAAAAUUCAACAAUCAAUUAAUUAAACAUUGUCCAUUAUCACUCAUAUCCUAAACCUGUAAACUGAACGUCUUUUUGUUUCACCAUUACAUGAGCUGUUGUCGUUGUUGCUGUUGUUCCUGCUGCCUCCUGUCUCUCUCUCACCCUCGUUCCCUACUCUCUCUCCCUCCCCCUCCCUCUCCGUACUAAUUCUCUCUCGCCUUUCCCCUAUCUUGCUGUCUCUCUCCCUCCCCCUGUCCUCUCCCCCUCUCCCCUCUUCUCUCUACAUUCCUCCCCAACCCAGCAGCGGCAUGGUGGCUGUCUAGCAUGAGUCUGGUCCUGCCCAAGGUUUCUGCCUGUUAAAAGGAAGUUUUUCCUUGCCACUGCUACUCAUGUUAGUUGAGAUGGGCCAAAACCCAUCUUAGGUUGGUUCUUGAUCAUCAAACAAUGAGCGCGGUCCUGACCUGCUCUUGUUCCUUGAAAAGCGUCUUGAGAUGACGACUGUUGUGAAUUGGCGCUAUAUAAAUAAAAUUUGAUUGAUUGAUUGAUUGAUUGAUAAAAAAAGGAGCGAAACGAUGCUAUAUGCAUCUAUCAUCUGUCAUCUGUCCAGAGUGAAGACGUUCUCGACUUUACAAGGACACGUUUGGAAACUUACAGAACUAGUAUUAGAGAGUGGCUUUCUCUACAGGGUGAGACAAAGGACCUUGCAGAAACUUAUAAACUUUGCGUUGAUAUCGACUUUGACAAUGUUCCUGAUGACGCUGGGUUUCACAUGACAUGCUACCAGCGAUUUAUUUGCUAAAGGGGUUUGAGAAACAAGAACGUGAUGCAGCCACGGGUCAGUCAAACCCUUAACGCAGCAUCGUCGAUGCAUCCACGUCUACGGCAUCUGAAACUCCGCGAAAGAAACUUCGCUCGAGGUCAUAAGCUGUAUUGGGACAAAGGAAAAAGUGCCUAGAAAGUGAAUUUCGUUCAAAUGCGCUGGUGCUACUUGCUCAAUGCAUUUUUGAAUAGAAAAAGAAUAUGAGACCAUGUAAUUGGUCGAAAGUUUGACAGAAAAAGACAUGAUCAAAACAGCUUGUCAAACCAAGAAGACAUUAGCAGCAUUAAACGAUAGCAAUCUUUAUCACAACAAUAUGAUAAAUAAUCAUGUUUUCACCGGUAUAUCACUGUGGAUUUACUAUCAAACAAAUCUGAUCAAACACCUAUUUUUGUGGCUGGAUUGUAAACCUUGUGGCAGGUGUAGAAAUGUCUGGAAACCCUUGAUAGACCUCCAAAAGGGUAAGCUUUUAUACACUUUUCAUCCCAUAGAGAUACACGGUAUAGUUCCUGAGAAACUGUAAACUAUAUUCAUGGUGUCACGUGGGAUCGACGGCGAUCCAGUGGAGUUCUAAGUGUUAAUACAGUCCAUCAGUUUUCUGAAGAGGUCCCUGGAUCAGGCUCCUCUCAGACUUUUGGGUCCUGAUCGAAUACCUGGUCAAGUCUCUGCUCAUCCUGGUUCUGAUUUCUGUGUCAUUGAGUCCAGAUAAGAAGCUCCACAGCUGCUCCCUCUGUGAGAGGAGCUUCUUCAGACCGUCUACACUCCAACGGCACUUAAAGAUCCACGCCACCGAGGCACUGCACCGCUGCUCCACGUGCACGGAGAUGUUCAGUACCAUCACCGACCUGAGAGUGCCCAAGAAGAUCCACAAAACAUGCCACACCUGCAGCAUCUGCCCCCGGAGCUUCCUGAAACCCUGCUGGCUCCGGAAACACAUGAUGACCCACAUCAGGGAAGGCCUCAUCCAGGACCCUGCAGACCAGGUGAGACUGAAACCCUCAAACAUUAGGGUCCUCGUUUAUCAACCGUCUGUUCGUACAGAUGUGUGUGUAAUGAGUGCACAAACAUUCCCACACAAAGUCUGGAAUUGAUCAACCUGCACUUGUGCUUAGGAACAUGAGUAAAUUUAAACCCAACUCUGAGCAUGCUUACACACAAAGCCUAGUGGUAGAACAGUGAAACUACAACUAGAACCCAUGAAAGGAGUCACAACGUUCAGCUAUCUCAGACUUCACACAUGUUCUCUGUUCCCUUUGUACAAAAUUGAUCAAUUAGUUAUUGAUCAGACAUUUUGAAUGAUUGGUGUGACAAGCUAUAAAAUCAGCUGUGACAGGUUUGUUGAUACCAUAUAUAUCAAUUGGAGGCGUUUCUGAAUGCAAAUGACCCUAACCAUGAACAAGCACGCUAGGAAAGAACAGGUAGGAUUUAUCAUCACCGAUUACUGACUAGUGUGCGUACGACUGGUGUCCGCAUGUUUGAGAAAUACUGAGUUUUUUUGUUCUUACGCACAUUCGACAUUUCAAUCCUACGACAGAAUUUAGAACCUUUUCUACGAACAGUUUUUAAAUGAGGACCCUGCAGAGGAACUCGGGGGAGUUUAGGAGGACCUUUGGACAUGAAGGUCAUCAGACUUUUGUCAUGUGAUGUGUUUCAGGAGUACUGGUUGGACAUGAAGACUGAGGAGAAGGAGGGGGCGAAGGAGGAAGAGGAGAAGGAGGAGGAGGGGGAGCAUCUGAAGAAGCAGGUAUUUAAUCCACCUGUUCAUUUAGACCACCACGGACUCUGUUCAUGGACUCGGCUCCUUAAGACUGACCCUAUGCUGAGAUCAUUUUUGCUCUGGUCCUUUCAGAGUUCUGAGGACCUCAGUACCCCUGAGUCCUUCAUCACCAAACCCAGAGCUUUACCUGGCGACCAUGGCGACCAGGUGUUUAAGGACACAGGAGAGAACAAGGAAGGCGACGUCAGCAGUCUGAUCAACUCUGAAGGAGAAGAAGAAAGCUGGAGACCGGAGCUCGCUGACACCAUCCCUGCUGCUGCGAACACGGGUCAGCCUCCGUCUGACUGUUCUGAGGUUAUUUAGUUGGAUCUGAAACAUGAACUCAAAAUGCAAAAACAUGACGAUCAGGCAGGAUCAGGUUUUAACCCUCGGCUCCUGUGAAUUUGAAGCUCCAGCCAGCCUACUUUGUCCCCAGAACGGACAUGCAGAUAAGUGUUCCUAAAAUAAUCAUUUUUUAACAUUUUUUUUUACUUUUUUCGACUCAAAUCUCUUAAACAACUUCAGCCCUAACCAUUAAAAUAGUAAUAAAUAAAAAAAUUGAUGUAUUUCCCUUUUUAUGCCUGUUUUUGUUCACUCGUGCUGCGUCCGAAUUGUCAAGUAGUAGUCGAAGUAGUAGUCGAAGUAGUAUAUAGCAAGUCCGAAUUGGCCACCGGAGCGAGUAGCAUGCUACUUCAGAUACUACUUCAGAUACGAGACACGCCCACAUUGUAGGAUGGUCGCGUUGCAUCCUACGUGCAUGCUACUGACCCAAAAUGCACCGCGGGCUUCUUCUUCGUCCUCUUAAAAGUUGUAGAAGUGCAUGUGAUGCUAGCGCCACCAGCUGCUGCCUAUGUAGAUGCGUCGCGAACGCCGGCUGGCCACAGCAGCGCGCACCAUGUCGCGGAGCAGCAGCAGGCAGGACUGCAGCAGUACAGAUGUAAGUUUCAUGUAACUUUGCACACUGUCCUAAAAAAAUGUGCGGUUGUAUCUCUUUGUCAUGUCAUGGUGUCAUAUUUGUCCAAGUAAUCAUUUUAUGAGCAAACAUGUGGCGACAUCAUGGAGGUAAAGCUCACUUAUUCCAUCAUUAAACUGCACAGCUGCACUAAUCAGGCAGAUCUCAUUGAACAAACGAUCACCACGUGCGUGAAUGAAGGCUAAAAGUAAUGGAAAAGCUACUUUGUGAAUUUCUAAAGCAGUGCAGGAAUAUAAUACAGCAGCAUCCAUCACUUGCACAAUUACCAUUCAGAGUCUAAAACGGGCGCAGUACCUACUCUCUGCCUGCGGGGGUCGUCUUUCCCCACCGCUCGUCUAGUGUGUCCGAAUUGGGCCAACAUGUUUAGUAUGUAGGAGUAGGAUCUAGCAGUAGCAUGUAGUAUGCGAGCGGGCAAUUCGGACGCAGCACAUGUCAUAUUUACUGAAGCUUGCGUUCUAAACAGCUGAGUCUAUUGGAGCGGAAAAACACGCCAUUUUCACCUCCUUUUCUCGAGCCUCGUCCUCUACCAAAUCAAAUGUGAUUGAAUUUAUUUGUUCAUAAUAAAUAAAUUUUAUAUAUAGUCAUAUAAAAUCAGAAGAUGUAUAUAAGAGGAAUUAUUUAUUAGUGGUAAUCCACCUCUAACCAAAAUAUGACGGUGAUUACGCUGAUUGCGCACAUAUAAAAAAUAAAUGCAUAUUUGAGAUGUGAUAUCUUCUCACCUAAUGAUCUAAAGGACCUGUUCAUCCUCAUGCAUGUCCAUCCACUUGCUCUGAAGUGAGGGCAAAGUUGAAAUUGUUCAAUUGUCCCCCUCUCUUUGUCCCACACUGCAGAACUUGGACGUCGGAUUUUCGACUGUAAAAACUCCGCUCACGGCAUGUCCGGUUAUAAACAUGGACGCAGAUUCUCGCCUGUGCACACACGCAGGAGCACACAAACUUUUCCUUACACACAUAUCCCACUCUUAGACAUCCAUAUCUAGUGGUGUGUAAAGUUUCAUUCAUUUCUGAUGAUGUUUAGUGGAUGAAUCAGCGCUUCAAACACUCUCAGUCCAUGAAUGAAGACUUGCGUGUGCGGCACAGAAGGGGUUAAAAUGAUGUGCUGGCUCAAUCUGUUGUAUCACUGGCGGAAAGUCAAAUUUAGAGCCCUGCUGAUCGACUGACUGCAAAAAAAGAUUGUAAUAUGUUGUUAUGGUGCCACAAACACAUGGUCAAAAAACCUGUUUUUAAUGGAAUUGGCCAAUUGGCCAAUUUGAAGACAAAGGAGGGUGGGUGGAGCUAAAAUGUGGCGGAGAACUACAGGUGACACAGAGUUUUUUUUUUUCUUUCUAAUAUGAAGAAAAACAAGAACUCUCACCAAAUUUGAUGCCUCAAUCUUUAAAAAUCUGACUGAACACGAGUCCCUGAACACACGACGAGAAAACAGACCUGAACACGAGUCCCUGAACAAGCCACGAGAAAACUCCCCGAACACGAGACCUGACCUGAACACGAGUCCCUGAACUAAUCAUGAGACAACAGACCUGAACACGAGUCCCUGAACACACCAGGAGAAAACAGACCUGAAGAGACCGGCUCAGACUGACCCAGCCCCAGGUGUCUGUGGGAAUCUUGAGUAUCUCUAUAGCCAAUCAGGCGUGGAGGUUUUAGCGCUUUACUUCACGCAAAAAUCAGAUACAUGUGACUUUGCUGAUGAAGGUCAAAGGUCAGCCUGAGUGCCUUGCUGGAGGACACUGAUUAAGAACUCAAAGAGGUUUUGUGUUGAAUGAGAGAGAGAGAGAACAAGUGAAACUGAGACUCACCUGUUCAGGUAUUUAUUUAGAGGAGAAAACACAGUGUCAAUAAAAUAUCUGGACCCAGGUCUAGACAAGUCUCUGGUGGUUCUGGAUCCUGGUUCUAUCUGGUCUCAGUUUAAACCUCAUUAGUGUUCACAGUCAGUGGUUUUUGAAGUAAUGCAGCAUCUAUGAUUUCCAGUUCACCUAAGGCGAAACGUUUCAAGUAAGCCCAGUUGUCCUUUACAUGCGGUGAUUUCCACUCCAGAGUCCUGUCUGUUUUUGAUGCCCUGAAGAUCAGGACCAUCCAGUCCUGGUUUUGGUCCUUGUCCCCCUUUAGUACAGAGAUUUAUCUGGAUUUAAAAAAUCAGUUUCAUGAUCUGAUGUUGUAUUUUCUGGAGUUCUAUAGAAGUUCUAUAGAAAUUAAGUUUUCAUUAAUUUGGAAAAAAAAAAAAAAAACUAUCUGAAGAUUUCUCACUGAAGUUUGUUUUUUAUGAAACUGAGAAAAGAAAAAAGUGAAAAGAUAAAAAUCUGAAUUAGGAGGAUUAUGUUGAUUAAAAAACAUCAUUCAGUCUUUUAAUUGAUUAAUUCACAGGUGUUUAAUCAAUAACACUGGGAGGUUUUCUUUCUAUUUGAUGUGUUGAAGUUCAAAAGUGUGCUACUUCCUCCUUUACACCAGCAGGUGGUGCUGUGACACAAGAACAGAAGGUUCAGUUUACUGGUGAGAGGGGAAAAAAAAAAUUCAUAUUAUAAAACAACAGUACUUACCUGUUGUGUGGCUGCAAUCUACUGUUAUUAUUAUUAUUAUUAUUAUUAUUAUUAUUAUUAUCAUCAUUUUUAUCAUUAUUAUCAUUAUUAUUAUUAUUAUUGUUAUUAUCAUUAUCAUCAUCAUCAUUUUUAUCAUAAUUAUCAUUAUGAUUAUUAUUAUUAUUAUUAUUAUUAUUAUUAUUAUCAUUUCAUUAUUAUAAUCAUUGUAAUUAUUAUUAUAAUUGUUAUUCUUAUUUUUUUAUUAAUGUUAUUUUCAUUGCGAUCAUUAUUAUUAUUUGUAUUAAUAUAAUUAUUAUUGUUUUUAUUAUUAUUAUUAAUAUUACUAUUAUUAUCAUUUCUAUAAUUAUAUUAUUAUUUUAUUAGUAUUAUAUUACCAUUUAUUUUAUUAUUGUUAUUAACGUUUUUAUCAUUUUAUUAUUAUUAUCAUUUUUUAUUAUUAUUAAUUUUGUAAAUAUUAUUAUCAUUUUUACUGUUAUUAUUAUAAUUAUAAUUAUUAUUAUAAUUAUGAUCAUUAUUAUUUUUAUUAUUACAUAUUAUUUAUUAUUAUUUUACAAACUAGUUCGUUUUUUUAGAGGGAAGAACUUAGUCCUGAAGGUGGCGCUGAAUAAGUUCAUUAAAGGUCCUGGUCUGGUCUCUUUCUGUUCUGGUCUCCGCCUCCUUGGCCCUUGGUCAUUAAAGGGGUGUGGUUAUAUUUGAAAGUGGGUGGAGUCAGAUGGUCUGAGUCCAGCCUCCUGUGUGUGUGUGUGUGUGUGUGUGUGUGUGUGCAGCAGGAUAA